AGCAGCAGAACAACACUCAACUUAUGAUGAGGCUGUGAUGCACACGAGUGACGCCGCGCUCUUGUAGUCGCAUAACCACAGACUGGCGUGGGAUCGGUCCCUGCUGCGCCUCAUCUGGAAUAACGUCGGGAAAAUCCAGAAUUUUCAUUAGCGGGUGUUUUUUUUUUAAGGAAGCGAGCGGUGUUGAAAUUAAUCCCAUUUGGGCAAACGUUUGCAUCGGAAGGGGGGUUUUCUGUACUUUGCAGAAGCCAGAGCAGAUUUGUUCCGAUAGAGAAUCACCAAAUAUAGGCUGUAAUAAGGAACCAUGGGAAAGCAGAACAGCAAGCUGACUCCCGAGGUGAUGGAGGAUCUGGUGAAGAACACAGAGUUUAAUGAACAUGAGCUGAAGCAGUGGUACAAAGGCUUCCUGAAAGACUGCCCCACUGGCAGGCUGAAUCUGGAUGAGUUCCAGCAGCUUUAUGUCAAGUUCUUCCCUUAUGGCGAUGCAUCCAAAUUUGCACAACACGCCUUCAGAACCUUUGAUAAAAACGGAGACGGGACCAUUGAUUUCCGAGAGUUCAUCUGCGCUCUGUCCAUCACAUCCCGUGGCAGCUUUGAGCAAAAACUCAACUGGGCCUUCAACAUGUAUGACCUGGAUGGUGACGGAAAAAUCACCAGAGUGGAGAUGCUGGAGAUAAUCGAGGCCAUCUACAAAAUGGUGGGCACUGUGAUCAUGAUGAAGAUGAACGAGGACGGUUUGACACCACAGCAGAGGGUGGACAAGAUCUUCGGCAAAAUGGAUAAGAACAACGACGACCAGAUCUCGUUGGACGAGUUCAAAGAGGCGGCGAAGAGCGACCCGUCCAUCGUGCUCCUGCUGCAGUGUGAUAUGCAGAAGUGA